AUGGCAAAAAUGAAAAAAUCUACGGACGGUCAUAAUUAUUCAUCUUCUGAAGAUGCACAUCGUGAAUUUGGAAUUUCCAUUCAAGAAUUAGAAACAUUAAUGCAAAAACGAGGUCAUGAAGGUAUUAAAGAACUUAAUGAAACAUAUGGUGGUCUUAGUAGUAUUGAACAAAAGCUUAAAACAAAUUUAAUAAAUGGUUUAUCUGGUGAUGACAACGAUUUAUCAAUACGUAUGGCUGCAUUUGGUCGUAAUGAAAUUCCACCAAAACCACCAAGAACAUUUCUCCGUCUUGUACUUGAUGCUUUAUCAGAUAUUGUACUUGUUAAACCUAUUAUAUUUGCUAUCAUUUUAUUUGCUUUAUCAUUUUAUUAUCCAAGUGGAGAAACAUUUGAAGCUGAAGCAAAACCAAAGGAAGCAAAUGUUGCAUGGAUUGAAAGUCUAGUAAUUAUUAUUGCUGUAAUUGUAGUUGUUCUCGUAACAGCAUUUAAUGAUUGGACAAAAGAACGACAAUUUCGUGAUCUUCAAUCAAAAAUUGAACUUGAUCAAAAAUUUAAUGUUAUUAGAGGAAGUCAAGUAUAUCAAAUUUCAAUAAAAGAUAUUGUUGUUGGUGAUAUAUGUCAAAUUAAAUAUGGAGAUUUAUUACCAGCUGAUGGUAUUGUUGUACAAUCAAAUAAUCUCAAAGUUGAUGAAUCAUCAUUAACUAGAGAAACAGAUUUAAUUAAAAAACAUGAAUCAGAAGAUUCAUUUCUUUUUUCGGGUACGCAUAUUAUGGAAGGUACUGGUAAAAUGUUAGUUUUGGCUGUUGGUACACAUAGUCAAGUGGGAAUGAUAUAUAAAUUAUUGGGCACAAUCAAAGAAGAAAAUAAUGAUAAUAAAAAACAAAAUACUACUGCCGAUGAAGACGUUAGCAAACGUCAAGUAAAACCAGAAUCGACGACGACAGAUGCAGCUGUGAAUAAUCAGGGUGCAACUACAUUACAAGAAGUUAUACCUGAUAGUGCCAACCAAGCAAAUAAUAAAGAUGAUUUUGAUCGUUUUGAAUUUGAAGAACGACCAAGUCUACAAACAAAAUUAACAGAAUUAGCUAAUCAAAUUACAUAUGCAGGCAGAAGAAUUUUUAUUUUGAUUGUACUUGUUCUAUUGGUUUCAUUUGUAAUUGAAGAAUUUGUUGAACGACGUGAGUGGAGUAAUGAAUUCCGUAGUCGAGUUGCAGGAUAUUUAAUUACUGGUAUAACAGUACUCAUCGUUAGUGUACCUGCAGGUUUACCAUUAGUGGCAACAAUAUCGUUAGCAUAUACUGUUAAAAAAAUGAUGAAAGAUAAUAAUUUAGUUCGUCAUUUGGAUGCAUGUGAAACAAUCGGUAAUGUAACGACAAUAUGUGUUAAUAAAACAGGAAUAUUAACAACAAAUUGUAUGACUGUUGUACAAGUCUAUGUUGCUGAAAAACACUGGAAAAAUGUUGAAAAUUCAACUAAAGAAAUUAUUAUACCAGCUAAUACAAAAGAAAUUAUAAUUGAAGGUAUAUCUGUUAAUAGUAAUUAUUCAUCAAAAAUAUUAUCAUCAACCGAACAAGAAACAUUACCAAAACAAAUUGGAAAUAAAACUGAAAGUGGUUUAUUAGAUUUUGUUAGUGCUCUUGAUGGAAAUUAUGAUGAAAUACGUACAUAUUAUCCAGAAGAAAAAUUUCUUCAUGUUUAUACAUUUAAUUCAGUACGAAAAAAUAUGUCAACAAUUAUUCAACGACCUGAUUCAACUGUACGUAUGUAUACACGAGGUGCAUCAGAAAUUGUUUUAAAAAAAUGUAAAACAAUAUUAAAUCGUAAUGGAGACAUAGUACCAUUUUCAACUGUUGAUUGUGACCGCCUUAUACAAACAGUUAUUGAAUCAAUAGCACGUGAUGGUUUACGUACAAUAUGUUUAGCAUAUAGAGAUUUUUCAUCAGAUAGAUUACCCGAUUGGAAUGAUGAAACUAGUAUUGUAGAUCAAUUAACAUGUAUUUGUAUAUGUGGUAUCGGAGAUUCUGUACGACCGGAUGUACCUAUUGCGAUAGCUAAAUGUCGAAAUGCUGGUAUAACAGUAAGAAUGGUUACAGGAGAUAAUGUUGAUACAGCUCGAUCGAUUGCACUUAAGUGUGGAAUUAUAUCACAUAAUGACAAUGCUUCAGUGCUUGAAAGUGAAGAAUUUAAUAGAUGUAUAAGAUCAAAAACAAAUGGAGAGAUUGAACAAAAUUUAUUUGAUAAAGUUUGGCCAUAUUUACGUGUAUUAGCACGUUCAUCACCACAAGAUAAAUAUGUACUUGUAAGAGGUAUUAUGGCAUCAAAAAUCAAUCCGACACGUGAGAUAGUUGCUGUUACUGGUGAUGGAACAAAUGAUGCUCCUGUCUUGAGAGAAGCUGAUAUCGGUUUUGCUAUGGGUAUACAAGGUACCGAUGUAGCAAAACAAGCAUCAGAUAUAAUUCUUGUUGAUGAUAAUUUAAAUUCAAUUAUCAAAGCUAUUAUGUGGAGCCGUAAUCUUUAUGAUUCAAUAGGAAAAUCUCUUCAAUUUCAAUUAACUGUUAAUAUUGUUGUUGUAUUAUGUGCUUUUAUUGGAGCAUGUAUUGUAAGAGAUUCUCCAUUACGUGGCAUACAAAUGUUAUGGAUUUAUUUAAUUAUGAAUAUAUUAGCAUUAUUAGCACUUAUUAUUGAAGUACCAACAGAAGAAUUAUUAACACGUAAACCUUAUGGACGUAUACAACAAUUAAUAUCUCGCACAAUGAUGAAAAAAAUUAUUGGUCAUGCUAUUUAUCAAUUAGCUGUUAUGCUUUUUAUUUUAUUAGCUGGACCUAAAGUAUUUAAUAUUGAUGAUGGUCGUCCAAUUGAUAGUACAUUUAAACCAUCUCAACAUUUUACAAUGAUAUUUAAUGUAUUUGUCUUAAUGACUUUAUUUAAUGCAAUAAAUUGUCGAAAAAUUCAUGCUGAAAAAAAUAUUUUUCAUAGAAUAUCUAAAAAUCCAAUUUUUUAUGGUAUAUGGGUUGUUACAUUUAUUUUACAAAUUGUUCUUGUUCAAUAUGGUUCAUUUAUAUUUUCAAGUGUUGCAUUAACAUUUAAACAAUGGAUGUGGUGUCUUCUUUUUGGUGUUUCAGUUCUUCUAUGGAAUCAAAUACUUAAUUUGAUCCCAAUGACACGUUAUAUGCCGACAUUGGGUGGAAGUAAUGUUUAUGAACCAGUAUUACCUGGUGAGUUAGAUCGAGAAGAACAGUCAAGACCAGAAGCAAGUCUAACAAAGGACAAACACUUUGGCCACCACGAAUAA